GACGCGGCUUUCGGGGUAGUGGUUGGGAUCGUAGAUAAGGCAGGCAGAGCCGGCGGGCGAGCUGUGAGGCCUUUGGUGACUCCGCCAGUGUUGCCUUAGGUAGCAUCUUAAGCAUCCAUUAUCAAAAUGUGGUGCUCUGUGGUAAUUCUUGGUCUGUUUGUGGUCAUCACAAGUGCCCGUAAUGUUCCAUACUUCCCUCCUCUCUCUCCUGACUUAGUGAACUAUAUCAAUAAACUCAAUACUACAUGGAAGGCUGGACACAACUUUGCCAAUGCUGACAUGAGUUAUGUGAAGACGUUGUGUGGCACCUUCUUGCAUGGCCCCAAACUGCCAGAGAGGUUUGAAUUUGCUGGUGAUUUGGUCUUGCCACAAAGCUUUGACUCAAGGCAACAAUGGUCAAACUGCCCAACCAUUCGUGAAAUCAGAGACCAAGGCUCUUGCGGUUCCUGCUGGGCUUUUGGUGCAGUUGAAGCCAUGUCAGACCGGGUUUGUGUCCAUACUAAUGGCAAAGUGAAUGUGGAAAUUUCUGCUGAAGAUCUGCUCUCUUGCUGCGGGUUUGAAUGUGGAAUGGGUUGUAAUGGAGGUUAUCCUUCAGGAGCAUGGAAAUACUGGACCGAAAAGGGCUUGGUGUCUGGUGGCCUUUACGACUCACAUGUUGGCUGUAGACCAUACUCUAUUCCACCCUGUGAGCAUCACACCAAUGGGACUCGGCCCCCAUGCACCGGAGAAGGUGGUGACACCCCUGAAUGCGUCAAAACAUGUGAAGCUGGUUAUUCUCCUUCAUACAAGCAAGACAAGCAUUAUGGAGUGACUUCCUAUAGCGUGCCUGGCAAUGAGAAAGAAAUAAUGGCUGAGAUUUACAAAAAUGGACCAGUGGAGGGAGCCUUUACUGUUUAUUCUGACUUCCUCAUGUACAAAUCAGGUGUCUAUCAGCAUGUUUCUGGUGAACCAGUUGGUGGCCAUGCAAUCCGAAUUCUUGGCUGGGGUGUUGACAAUGGCACACCUUACUGGUUGAUAGCUAAUUCCUGGAACACAGACUGGGGUGAAAAUGGCUAUUUCCGAAUCCUCCGUGGGGAAGAUCACUGUGGAAUUGAGUCCGAGGUUGUAGCUGGAAUCCCUCGCACAAGCCAGUACUGGAAGCAGCUGUAAUCAUCCUGCCAGCUGAAUGGCACAUAAUCAUACUUAUAAAGAUAGAAGACAUGGUGGCAAUCCUUUGCUCUAAGACAUUUUAGACAUCAGGAAUUUUGUUUUAAGCCUUUAACAUUUUUU